AGGCUUCGGCAUUAUUCGCCGAAACAAGGAGAGAGAGAGAGUCAGAGGGGGAGAGAGAAGGACGGAGGGAAGACACGCCAACGCCAGAAUUAGCAUCCUCAGCCACCAAUCAACGAUUCAUCGUUCAUUUGCUCUCUGUGAUGAACACUACCCCUUACGUUUCCCACCAUCACCAUUAUCCCAAAUCUUCAACUUCCAUAAAGUAAUAUUCUUUUAUUUUCUAUUUUUGAAUAUUCGAGCUGAAAUUCUUAGAAUCUCUUCUUCGAGCUAUGCGGAGAGGUGAUCGUGGUGGCAGCGCCGGCGGAGGCGGAGGCGUCAAAGGUGGAAAUAUCUUCUGGGGAAGAAAGGAGGACACUGAUUUCAAAGGAAUCGUUGUGAUCUUUGCUUGGGUUUCUGUGCAGGAGGGCCAGUUAUGGGAUUAUGUGGAUUUGUACUCAUCCUUAGGGUGGAAUUCCCUUGUUUGUCAUGCCCAUUAUAUCUCGGCGUUUCAUCAUGAGAGUGCAUUAUCAUUGGCAAUUUACGUUCUUGAUGAGCUUAUCAAGGACCUGAGGAUAAGAUCAUGCCCUGUGGUAUUUGCAUCUUUUUCUGCUGGGUCAAAAGCUUGUUUGUACAAGGUAGUUCAGCUUAUUGAGGGAAAAUGUGGAGGUCAGCUCUACCUGCAUAACUAUCAACUGCUCAGGAACUUUGUUUCUGGACACAUCUAUGAUUCUGGCCCUCUAGAUGUUACAAGUGAUUUCGGCAUCCGCUUUGCUCUCCACCCAGCGAUUGUAAAAGUGCCAGGACCGUCAAAGGUUGUUUCCUGGAUGGCAAAAUGUGUAGCCUCUGGUUUUGAUGCUUUAUACCUCACCAGGUUUGAAUCCCUAGCUGCUGAACAUUGGCAAGCUUUGUAUUCUUCUAUCAAUUUUGGAGCUCCAUUUCUCAUUUUCUGUUCAGAGAAAGAUGACUUUGUGGCAUGCAAAAGUAUCCAUACUUUUGUCCAACGAUUGCAAGAUCUUGGUGGAGAUGUGAACCUUAUAAAACUAAGUAGCUCAUCUCACUUAGGUCAUUACAAGCAUCAUCCUAUCCAAUACAGAAUUGCUGUGACCCAUUUGUUUGAGAAGGCUACCUCAAUUUAUUCUCAUAAAAUGAUAGAAAGGGAGAGAACUGGAAUGGAAAGUAUGCAUGACGAGAUCUCUGAGUUAAUCUGUGACCUACAGAAGGCAGCAAUCAAUUCAAAUGAGAGCCUUAGAAGAGUUGCGUUAGAGCCAAGUGAUCAUUUCUUUUUGCCAAGUUCUGGAGCAUAUCAUGACAGUAGAGGUUCUGGCUCUCCACAGGAUGAACAGAAAGAGAAAUCUAUUUGUCUGCCCAGUCCCCCAAGCAUCAAUGCUCAUAGUGUCCUUGGCCAAUUUCUUUUUGAUGUUUGUGUUCCCAAGAAUAUUGAGGAGUGGGAUGUUAAAUCUUCAGGGACUUUAAACGGGAGGCCAUUUUCAUCUGCUCGCAGCGGUGUCAAGUGUAUCCUUCGCUCCAGAUUAUGAAAUCGUUUUCUUGUCUGACUUGAGAAAAUCCUUAAUGACAAAGUUACUUGCAGGAGUACGGUACAUUAGAUUCCCUGCAAGAACUUGACUAGACAAUGUGACCUUUAUGCAUGCAGAGUAACUGAAAUAGUUCAAGUGUUUCAUAUGGAUGGAGGCUGCAUGGGAAGAACCAACUCAUACAUGUAAAUUAGUGAUCAUCUGAUUACUUGAUGCGGGAGUGAGCUGAGGAGAUGCUUGCAUGGAAAUGUUUUGCAUUUACAGAGAUAUAUUAGUGCUAGAUGCCAGCUUGGUGGUUGUAGUUUUAAUCAAAACUAGUGAGUUUUGUGGCUGCACGAGUCGAGUAAUAUCCAUAACUCAUGAACACUAUUUUAUGAGUGUCUUUAUAUUGUACAUAGUAGAUGUGUGUAUGUAUUGUGAGAUUAAUGAGAUGUGACUUCUGAGGUUGGAAAGUUGUAGAUAAGACGGGUCUAAAGAGCAAAUAAAGGGGAAAAGAAAUUGCUUGCCA